CUUGCCUUUUGUAUCGCAGUAAAAGUUGUUGGCGUUGGCGUGAUGUUUUUCUUUUCCAAGUCUUAAGUAGAUGCCAGUGAAAUUGAUAGUCGUUUGAGAGCUUUUAUCCAGACAGUAAGAAACUCUCCAUGCCGCUGGGAGACUCCCCUGAGACGUUUCUUCAGUCAUGAUUCGGAUUUGUUGGCCCGUGUUUGUGUUGCUACUUUUUGUGGUCCAGGCUGUUGUGACGAAAGCCAAAUCUGGAGACAGUCUAAUAAGAAGAAAAAGAGCCUGGCUUCCCCCACCACUGAAAUUGGAGGAAAAUGUGGACCACACACAAAAGACUUCUGUUGCCAGGAUUCAUUCAGAUUUAGAUGAUGGUAAAGGAAAUCUCAAAUACUUCCUGAAUGGCCGUGGCGCAAACCAAGAUCCCUUCCAUGUGUUUGUAGUUCACGAAAGAACUGGAUUUAUUCGUGUGACCCAAUUACUUGACAGAGAGUUCAUCAGUAUGUACAAUCUUUCUGGUGUUGCUAGGUACAAUGAUGGCACUCUGGCAGAGGAAAACAUCGACGUACGAUUCAAGGUUACUGAUCAGAAUGACAAUGCACCAGUGUUUGAAGACGUCUAUACUGGGCGUGUGGAUGAGCUUACACCGAGAGGGACUUUUGUUAUGAAAGUCGCGGCAACGGAUGCCGAUGAACCAGACAAUCCCAAUUCCCAGGUUUUUCAUACCAUCAUAGACCAGACACCAUCUCAUGACAUGUUUUACAUGAACAGUGACGGGUCCAUCUUCAUCAAAAACAAAUUAGACAGAGAGAAAUGUGAUCAGUAUAUCCUGACAGUAAAAGGUCAGGACCUAAAUGGUCAACCAGAGGGGAACACUGGAACUGCCACUGUUACUAUAGCUGUUGGUGAUGUGAAUGACAACCUACCAACUCUGGAAAAAGAGCAGUAUGAAGGUAGCAUUGAGGAGAACACAGAAGGUGUGGAGGUGAUGAGAAUCAAAGCACAGGACCUGGACCUGCAAGGCACUGACAACUGGGAAGCUGUAUUUGAUAUUGUCAAGGGCAACGAGGCUGGGUAUUUUAGCAUUAAAACAGAUCCCAACACCAACGAGGGAAUCCUAAUGCUUGAUAAGGCUGUGGACUAUGAAGAUGUAAAAGACAUUGAACUUGGACUAUCUGUGAGGAACAAGGCUCAGCCAUAUGGAUCUGGGACAAGUGCUGGAAUAACUAUUGGAGGAGGGGGGGGAGGAGGAAACCAGCCUGAAGGGGCAAAGUUUGAUCCCAAAGUUAAAGCCAUUCAUAUCUCAGAGGGAAGCACCUCCUUCAACAUUAAAGAUGUUAUUGCCAGCUACCCUGCAAUAGAUGUAGACACUAGGAAACCCGCUCAAAAUGUCAGGUAUAUUAAGGGAUUCGACCCUAACAACUGGCUAACUAUUGACCCAGUCACAGCUGAGAUCAAACUGAACAAGAUGCCUGACAGGGAAUCUCAACACUUGGUCAAUGGGACAUAUUUUGCCAAGAUACUCUGCGUUUCAGAAGACACACCUGAUAAAACAGCCACUGGCACCAUAGCCAUCCAAGUGGAGGAUUUUAAUGACCACUGCCCCAUCUUGACAAGUAACAUGGAGACUAUGUGCACAACAGUGGAUGCUGUUAUAGUGAACGCUAAUGAUGAGGAUGCAUUUCCCAAUGGACCUCCUUUUGUGUUUGAGAUCCUCCCAGAAGGCACUAAGGGAAAAUGGCAAGUGGAGCAUCUUAAUGACACUGCAGCUAUCUUGCGGUCUCGGGAGUCUCUUUGGCCUGGUAUUUAUGAGGUGGAAUUUUUGGUGAAGGAUCAGCAGGGGCACAUGUGUCAAGAUCCACAGAAAGUCAAGGUUGAAGUUUGCACCUGUGAGGAUGGAAUCAUGUGUGGAAAAAAAGGCGCCAAGGGUCAGCCAAGCAAAGAAGCGAAGCUGAACGGGGCUAACUACCAAGGUAGUUACAGAAAAGAAAUUUGGGGCAUGAACCAACAGGAUCCAAGUGGUUUCUACUCUGAGACUGAGACAAGAGAAUCGUUGGGAGGUGUAGGACUUUAUGAUGGGAUGGCUCUGCCAGACCACUUUUUGAGGCAAUAUUACGAUCAGAAAGUCACUGAUGGAAAUGAUAACCUUGGCGUGAAAGAUGGUUUGUUGGUGUAUGAUUAUGAGGGCCAAGGGUCCUCUGCUGGCUCAGUAGGCUGCUGUAGCCUUUUGGAGUCAGACAAUGACCUUCAGUUUCUUGAUGACCUUGGACCAAAGUUUAAGACUCUCGCAGAGUAUCAAGUUUCGAUGAGUGUACAAAAACUGUCCCCUCCACCCAAACUGGAGCCAACCAUGCCCAAAGUGGAGCAGAGUAUGGUCAUGAAGACAACCAAGCAUUCUGAAAUGGCAAAGGAAAGUACAACUGCAGUGAGGGAAGGGAUGAAUACAAUGACAAGAGGGUUGGCAAAUCAAGGCCAGAUGGUCCUAAUACAGCAACAGCAGCCUGUCUACUACACAACCACUCCUGUGUUGCAGCCAAUGCAUUACGUAGUCCAACCACAGGUUCAGAACACUAUGAUCCUGGCUGAAGCACCAACCACCAACCUUCAAGGCCUGAUACUGGUUAACAACACGCAAUCUGGACCUGCCCAAGGAGUAUUUGUUCAGGGAAACACUCUCUUGUCCAGUGGACAAGCCCAGGAGCCCACCAUGGUGCUGGUGGAUAACAGUGGUGCCCAGCGGAGUCAUGCAAACUUGAUCCAAGCUACAAACUUGUCUGGCUCUCAGACCAUGAAGGUUGUAGAGGGUAAGGUCCCUGCAGGGUCAAUGAAAGUGCGGAAGGGGAAUCAGGCUUCCUAUGUUGAGGGAGGUCCUCUACAACCAGGAGACCUUCCUGGUUCUCAAAAAAUCCUAAUGGUCAGAGAGAACUUUGUUCAAGAUGCAAAUGGUCUGCCAAAGAAGGCUGAGGUCUUUGGCUCUGAAAGAAUUCUCUACAAGGACAGCCAAUCCACUGGCUCUAUGACCAGUAAGUUUGGGUCCUCUACUGUUACAGCUGUGGACUAUGAAGAUGUAAAAGACAUUGAACUUGGACUAUCUGUGAGGAACAAGGCUCAGCCAUAUGGAUCUGGGACAAGUGCUGGAAUAACUAUUGGAGGAGGGGGGGGAGGAGCAGGGGGAGGAGGAGGAGCAGGGGGUGCAACUGGAGCUGCUGGGAUUUCUGGUGGGACACCCUUUAAAACCUAUCCUAUCAAAAUCAAUGUGAAGAACCAGCCUGAAGGGGCAAAGUUUGAUCCCAAAGUUAAAGCCAUUCAUGUCUCAGAGGGAAGCACCUCCUUCAACAUUAAAGAUGUUAUUGCCAGCUACCCUGCAAUAGAUGGAGACACUAGGAAACCCGCUCAAAAUGUCAGGUAUAUUAAGGGAUUCGACCCUAACAACUGGCUAACUAUUGACCCAGUCACAGCUGAGAUCAAACUGAACAAGAUGCCUGACAGGGAAUCUCAACACUUGGUCAAUGGGACAUAUUUUGCCAAGAUACUCUGCGUUUCAGAAGACACACCUGAUAAAACAGCCACUGGCACCAUAGCCAUCCAAGUGGAGGAUUUUAAUGACCACUGCCCCAUCUUGACAAGUAACAUGGAGACUAUGUGCACAACAGUGGAUGCUGUUAUAGUGAACGCUAAUGAUGAGGAUGCAUUUCCCAAUGGACCUCCUUUUGUGUUUGAGAUCCUCCCAGAAGGCACUAAGGGAAAAUGGCAAGUGGAGCAUCUUAAUGACACUGCAGCUAUCUUGCGGUCUCGGGAGUCUCUUUGGCCUGGUAUUUAUGAGGUGGAAUUUUUGGUGAAGGAUCAGCAGGGGCACAUGUGUCAAGAUCCACAGAAAGUCAAGGUUGAAGUUUGCACCUGUGAGGAUGGAAUCAUGUGUGGAAAAAAAGGCGCCAAGGGUCAGCCAAGCAAACAAGCGAAGUUGGGACCUGCAGGCAUUGGGCUGUUACUCCUGGGCCUAUUACUCUUGUUGUUGAUUCCGUUGUUGCUACUCUUCUGCAAAUGUGGAGGUGCUGCAACCUUCCCAGACCUCUUUACUGAGAUGCCAUUUGAUACAAAGUCACAUCUCAUCAACUACCAUACUGAACGUCAGGGAGAGAACACGGACGUGCCACUACUGAACUUGCCAACACAACUGGAUGGAGAUGUCUUAAAUGUAGCCAUGGCUCAAAAACCUGUAGCAAUGGAUGCGUUGGGCAGUUUUGAUUUCGCACAAUCUGUUGGAUCCAUUAAUAGACUGAACGGGGCUAACUACCAAGGUAGUUACAGAAAAGAAAUUUGGGGCAUGAACCAACAGGAUCCAAGUGGUUUCUACUCUGAGACUGAGACAAGAGAAUCGUUGGGAGGUGUAGGACUUUAUGAUGGGAUGGCUCUGCCAGACCACUUUUUGAGGCAAUAUUACGAUCAGAAAGUCACUGAUGGAAAUGAUAACCUUGGCGUGAAAGAUGGUUUGUUGGUGUAUGAUUAUGAGGGCCAAGGGUCCUCUGCUGGCUCAGUAGGCUGCUGUAGCCUUUUGGAGUCAGACAAUGAUCUUCAGUUUCUUGAUAACCUUGGACCAAAAUUCAAGACUCUCGCGGAGGUGUGCAGAGGCGAGAAAAUUUCUUAUGAUGACAAACAAGUGCCACCUCCUGUGUCUAAUGUCUAUAACAAUCCUCCAACCUCAGUUUCAAGUUCAGUGAGUGUACAAAAACUGUCCCCUCCACCCAAACUGGAGCCAACCAUGCCCAAAGUGGAGCAGAGUAUGGUCAUGAAGACAACCAAGCAUUCUGAAAUGGCAAAGGAAAGUACAACUGCAGUGAGGGAAGGGAUGAAUACAAUGACAAGAGGGUUAGCAAAUCAAGGCCAGAUGGUCCUAAUACAGCAACAGCAGCCUGUCUACUACACAACCACUCCUGUGUUGCAGCCAAUGCAUUACGUAGUCCAACCACAAGUUCAGAACACUAUGAUCCUGGCUGAAGCACCAACCACCAACCUUCAAGGCCUGAUACUGGUUAACAACACGCAAUCUGGACCUGCCCAAGGAGUAUUUGUUCAGGGAAACACUCUCUUGUCCAGUGGACAAGCCCAGGAGCCCACCAUGGUGCUGGUGGAUAACAGUGGUGCCCAGCGGAGUCAUGCAAACUUGAUCCAAGCUACAAACUUGUCUGGCUCUCAGACCAUGAAGGUUGUAGAGGGUAAGGUCCCUGCAGGGUCAAUGAAAGUGCGAAAGGGGAAUCAGGCUUCCUAUGUUGAGGGAGGUCCUCUACAACCAGGAGACCUUCCUGGAUCUCAAAAAAUCCUAAUGGUCAGAGAGAACUUUGUUCAAGAUGCAAAUGGUCUGCCAAAGAAGGCUGAGGUCUUUGGCUCUGAAAGAAUUCUCUACAAGGACAGCCAAUCCACUGGCUCUAUGACCAGUAAGUUUGGGUCCUCUACUGUUACAGUAUCCGCUGGCCCUGUAUCCCACAAAGUACAGGAGAAAUUCACUUAACUGAGAAAGGCAAAAGUGCAAACUUUUGGCAAAGAUAUGUUCCAGGUCUAUUCUUAUGACUUCACUAUGUGCAUAUGAGGUUAUGGGUGGGAGCUGUGCUGCUUAAUUUUCUUGUAUGCUACAUGGAAACAUGCAAAAGAUCUCUGUAAUGGUUUAAAUGUUUAAUAGUACAGAUAGUAAAUGAAAUGUUCAUUGCAAAUUGUUUAAUAUAGUAUUCAACACAUUACAAUAAAUACUAGUAAGGUCUUUUCACUUUUCUUUUCACUUUAUAAACCACUACUAUUUCCUUGUGUCCUGUCUUUUUUCUGGUCUCUUCUCUUUCCCCUCAUUACCAACUGGUCUCAGCAAAUGACUGCCCCAGUUUGAGCCUGGUUCUCCCAGAAGUUUCUUCCUGUUAAAUGGGACGGGAUUUUUUUUCCUGUUGUUGAAUGCACUUGCUGUAGGGGUCAUGACUGCUGGUGUUUCUAGUGUAGGGGCUUUACCUUACAAUAUCAAGUGCCUUGAGACACUGGUUGUUGUGAAUUCGCUCUAAA